AUGGCAGCCGCAACCACCUACACAUCGUAUGUACUCGGUGAGUGCUGGGUAAUUAUGCAGAGGCGUUGGCCUGAGUAUCGUGAUUAUUGCCGGAAACCCUAUCCGGAAAUUGGACAGCGAGCAAUGGGUCCGAUAGUGAAAUUGAUUGUGACGAUUUGUAUCGAUAUCACACAAUUCGGUAUCGCUGUCGUCUACUUGCUGCUAUCGUCUAAGAAUAUUCACGACUUCUUGGAGGCAUUCUUCGAGACCGACUUCUCGUUUUGCUAUAUUAUAAUUAUCAUGUGUAUAUGUCUUCUGCCGGUGACAUUUCUAAAAUCACCACAAGAUUUUUGGUUGGUCAUAGUUGUUGGUAUGGUAACAACACUGGCCGCUGUUGUACUGAUUUUGGUUGGUUCAGCGCUUGAUUAUGGUACAUGUGCGCAUGUAUCGGGUAAAAAUACGCGUUUGGUACCGACGAAUUAUUUUCUGGCUCUAGUACUCAUUUUGAUAUAUGUACCCGUUUCGGUGGUUGGUUACCUGACCUAUGGUAACUCAAUCCAAUCCUCAAUUAUCAACUCAAUUCAAGUGCUGCCAAUUCAACAAAUAGUCAACGUUUUCAUUACAAUACACUGUGUACUCACGUUAACGAUCGUUUUCAAUCCAUUGAAUCAGGACGCUGAGGAGGUCGUCAAUGCACCACAUCAUUUCGGAUGGCAACGGGUUCUUGUUCGAACGUUCGUAAUGAUGGCCGUCGGGUUUAUCGCUGAAACAAUCCCAAAUUUUGGCCCACUACUUGAUCUCGUCGGUGGAUCGACGAUCACCUUGACGGCACUCGUCUUUCCGUGCCUCUUCUAUUUGUACCUGUCGGUUGGUGAGGAUGCAAUGAAUUCCGAAUGUACAAGCGCUCAAUUCGAAGAAUACUGUGAUAAAUCGCCUUCAUUUAGCGAAGUCAUUCAAAGGACACCGAAACGGCGUUUGAUCAUAUGUGCGGCAGUGAUCACACUAGCAAUAGUUGGCGGAGCCGCCACCACAUAUUCAGCCAUUCGGGAAUUGGUCACCACACAGUUUUCACUACCGUGUUAUUUGCGAUCAGUGAUGAAUGCGUUGGAGUCAGGUGAUUCAACUGGAGAGGGCACUAGUAUGAAUUGCUGUGGACUAUGGCAGAACGUUUCUCGAACCGGUGAUAAUGCUAGAUGUAGCAAAUUUAUCGACUUUUAUAAUCAGUACGAUUGA